UCCGGCUUGAAUAGCUGACCCGCCACCGCUCUGCGAGAGGCAUGUUUCUCCCCCCCUCCCCCCCGCAGUUGGGCUGAGGAGCGGUGUCACCGCGGGGAGAGGGGAACGCUCUGAAGGGGCGGCUGAUCCGCAGGAAUCCCAAUAAUGCGUCCGAUGCCUGCGUGCUCCGCUGUUGGCGAGAGCAUAUUUGAGUGUGUACAGCGGGGGAAUAUUGAACAGUGUGCGCAGUUCGUUCAGAGCGAUCGAUCGCUCCUCAGACAGAAAGGCUGGGGCGGUUUUACCCCACUUCACUGCGCCGCCCUUCACGGUAACCGUGGGCUGGUCGACCUCUUCCUGAGUAAUGGAGCUGACCCCAACCUGACAUGUGAUGCAGGGCAGACCGCCUUUCAUUUCGCCUGCAGGCAGGGGAAUAUCUAUAUUAUGCACCAAAUGAUGCAACACGGGGCUGAUCUGCGAAUCCUGGACCUGCAAAGGAAAACCUGCCUGCACCAUGCGGUGACCGGGGGCAGCAUUGUUGCCAUGCAUUACUUGUGGGAAACGGGAAUGUUCCGGUUCUCUGACACAGACAUGUACCAGGUCACACCCCUUCACCUGGCAGCGUCCACCGGCAACACGGAGGUGGUCCGCUACUUACUCAGAGACCAGAGAUGUGCAGUAGAUGCGGUGGACCAGCAGGGGGGAACGGCGCUCCACGUUGCUGCGGAGAGAGGAGGCGUGGAGGUGUGUUGGACACUGCUUCAGAAAGCAGGUUAUAUCAUGCUCCAUCAGAAAAACCACAGCGGCCUAACGCCUCUGGACCUCAGCAAGCAGGGGAAGACAUUUCGACAUCAGCAACUCACCAAACUACUGAGUCGUUACAUCAACGAACCGAUACACCACAAGCCUAAAGAGUCUCACGUCUUGUACUAUUGGACACUAUUGUUCCCAGCCUUGAGCGGAGCAGCCAUUUUACUUAUAGCAGCCAUGUUGGGAGGCUACGGAGGGCUAAUUUGUGGCCUGCUCUUCCCAUGGCUUGCUAGAAGCAUCUUCACUCAGUAUCACCGCAUGACCACCUACCAAAGGUUACCCAACCCCAUCUACCUGGGAACCCUCAUAGCUGGUUUGUUCCAUUCCCUGCUCUGCUUUUAUGGAAAAAUCAUGCUAAGUGUUUGGCCUGCCAGUGCUCUGGUCCAGGUGUCGAUGAUCCACUUCUCCCUGGUACUGGGUUUGUUCUGUAAGAUUCUGACUCAGGACACCGGGACAUUGGACCGAGUUGACUCCGAUCCUCGCUUCUCCUGUAUCGCUGACCUGUUGGAGCAAAACCAGAGAGCCCACAGAUUCUGCCCCUACUGUGAGCUCUUUCAGCCUGACCACAGUAAACACUGUAAGCUGUGUGACGUGUGCGUGAAGGACUACGACCACCACUGCCUCUUCCUCAACCGCUGCAUCGGUAGAGGCAACCACCGCCUCUUCCUCCUUUUCAUCCUGUCCAUGGUGAUCGCCCACCUUCUCUUUGUUGCCACGGCGACAAGCUACCUGUACGGAAGGAUGGCCCUGGGAUCCCACCACAGUUGGUCGUCCUGGCUUACAGUAUUGGGGGCGGAGUUUUGGGUGGCGGUCAUGGCGAUCAUGAACGCCUUGACGUUCCUCUGGGAGGUGUGGCUCCUGACCGAACAGUUCGACGCAGUUGCCGUGGGAACCACGACUUACUUCAGACAGUGUGAAGCUUCUGGCCGUCAGAGGUCGUUCCUACAGCGGUGGGUUGCAGUCAUUUCGUUUCUGCUGGAGGGGAGAAGACAGGUUGGUAGGGGACAGACAGGGCAAGACAAGGCCUCCAUAGACAUUUAGACGCUGUCGUUCUUAAACAUUCCUGAAAAUGUCAUUCUUUAAAACUCGUUGUCUCCAAGAGUUAUGUGUUUCCUUCCCACCUUUAAAAGGCACAAGUUUACAGGGUCACCUGUCCUUGCAGAAACACGUUCGUGGCGAUAUCCUUCUUAGUUCCCUCAGUAACUGUGGCUACUGUCAUAUAACACCUUGUACUUGAAAUUUACACUAGCUAACAUGUUGGAAUAGUGCUAUAAUUCAAAAUAUAGGGUAGACUUUAAUGUAUAAUUGACAAAAAAACGGGCUAUGAGGAUACUUAUCGUUAACUAUGUGGACUCAUGUGUCGUCACCUCCGGCUCCCUACGGACACAAUUGGCCGUGUCUGCGGGUGGGAAGCCGGAUGUGGGUAUGUGUCCUGGUCGCUGCACUAGCGCCUCCUCUGGUCGGUCGGGGCACGCCUGUUGUUUGAACUGGGGGGGGGGGAAUAGCGUGAUCCUCCCACGUGCUACGUCCCCCUGGUGAAACUCCCCACUGUCGGGUGAAAAGAAGCAGCUGGUGACUCCACAUGUAUGGGAGGAGGCACGUGGUAGUCUGCAGCCCUCCCCGGAUCGGCAGAGGGGGGUGGAGCAGAGACCGGGACGGCUCGGAAGAGUGGGGUAAUUGGCCGGAUACAGCUGGGGAGAAAAAGUUGGGGGUGGGGGGUCUAUAUACAUAUGUGGUUAGUGAACUUAUUGAGCUGUAUUGAACCAACCAACUUUCAAGAAACGUAUGGGUGUAAUGUGGUAGUGCUCUGGAGCUGUUCGUAAAAAUAACGAAACUGUGUUUUAGCAGGAAAUUCUUCUGAUACCUUGAAUGUCGUGUGACACUUGCUUUAUAUUCCUUAUCUGUACACUUUUUAACUUCAGUGUUUUUGUUUUCAAUAAAAGUGUGACAUGGGACCACGUGUUAC